AAAAUCGAUAAUUUCUUGUGUCAGUUGUCACUUGUCACAAAGGAACGCGCGCAUUGCUAUCGCAAUCAUAACAUCGAAGUCGCCAUUACAUAUCGCCUAAUAUUGCGUUUGUGAAGGAGAUUGCUUAUGUCAAAUAAACAGCGCGCGAUUAUAAUUUUCUUGAACAUAAACAUUUCGUAGUUUCAAAAGUUUAUACUCUGAAAGUCUGAAAACUAAUAAAGAUGGCACCGCCUCGGCGUAUUGUAAGGCAACAACUAGAAAUUCUUAUGGAUUUUCUAGAAGAGAAUAGAUAUAUGUCUAAAGGACUGCUGCCUGGAGCACCGGUCUCUCAUCAAAAGACGCGGCAAAAGUGGGCAGUGCUAGCAAAACAACUGAAUGCAGUACAGUCAGGGGCUUUGAAAACCCCUGAUGGUUGGAAGAAGUACUGGUUUGAAUGGCGACACAAGUGUAGAAAAAAAGCAGCAAAUGCAAGAAGAUUUGGAUCAGGGUCAGACGCAGGUCCAAACCGAUGCAUACCACUCAAUGACCUAGAAGUGCGGGUGUUGGAACUAAGUGGCAAGGGAUCUGUUUCUGCCGCGAUGUCAUCCUCCAAUCAACUUGAUAACUUCCUGGCGGAUGAUUCAGAUUCAGAACCGUUAGAAAACCUCAAAGUUCGGUGUACACCGGCCAGCAUUAAGACUAGACAGUCUGUCACCAGUGCACCCAGAUCACCUAUAGAUGAUAAUUUCCGGAGUAUGUCUCCACCUCCUAAAUGGGCGAUAGAUUUUGAAGAACGAAGAGUAGCAGCGGAAGAGAGAAUUGCAGAUGCAUUGGAGUCUAUGGCAUCAGUUAUGAGGGCUCAGGAAGAGAGACGAGGGCUCCUUGAGGAUCGGAUAGCAGAUGCCCUCACAGCAAUAGCAGGAACCGUGCAGGAUUUAAACAGUGGGGUACAAGAAGCUCUACAACAUUUACACCCACUUCAAGCCAAUGGUCCAGACUUAAAAGGAGAUGUAUUUUAUAGAAAUUAAAUAAUUUGGACAAAAGCGAAACAAAUUACAAAAACUAUUGGAGUAAGUGCAAAUUGCGGAGUCCUGUAACUUUAAACUGAUAUGUUAUUAAACCUAGUCUGAAUGAAAUUGAAGAUUGUCAUAUUAUUAGCAUGUAGGUUAUUAUACAUAAGUAGGAUUGUUUACAUUAUGUAAG